UGGAGUACCAAAAUGCAUGCAGUAAAUUGUGAAGGUGUCACCUUGUCAAACGAUUAGUUUAUUGGCAGCAAUAAGUUAAUUAAUUUUCAAUAGAGUUGUUGGCCCAACUACCAAUUCCACUGCCAUGCACCUGAGAGCAUGCUCUGGUCCAAGACACGAACAGAGUGGAAAGCAAACUCAGAGUCGGAAAAUCGGAAAGCUAACGGUAUAAAAAACUGAGAACCAUUUUCAACCACCAUCAGUCAACUCACGUCAUUCUUACAGAACAAACCAAUCCCAAAACAAGUGAUCCAAAAUGUUCAAGGUCAUCGCCCUGGUUGCCUGUCUGGCCGUCGCCGUCCUGGCCUACGAGGACUUCAACAGCCAUCCGAGCUACAAGUACGAGUACGGAGUUAAGGACUCGCACACCCACGACCACAAGAGCCAGUGGGAGUCCCGUGAGGGAGACCACGUUAAGGGACAGUACACCGUGGAUGAGGCCGAUGGAACCCACCGCGUUGUGGACUACAGCUCGGACCACAAGACCGGAUUCCAGCCCCAUGUCCAGCGAGUGGGUCAUGCCCAUCAUCCCCAUGGCGAGAGCUACUCCAACAUCAAGCAGCAUUAUUGAGAAGUUUUAGUUCAAGAGAAAACAUGCCAUUGAAUAAAACUUUUGUAAAAUACAAACAUAUUCUUAUUUUUAUUAUUUUCUCCUGUUUUUGUGACUUAUUUCAAUAAAUUUAGAUAUAAUAAUAAAAUACUUUCUCGUAUCGUCUCUUCCAUUUGCUGAAAAAAAAAUAGUUUUUUUACUCAAUUUCGGAAAAUUUAUGGGAGUCAAUACAUAAAAAUAUUUAAUAUCGUUAAAUGCACUAUAUUGAUGCACUAUGAAUAUUAAAUCAAAAUUUUAGUUUUUGGGUUCUCCUUGGCAAAUUUAUUUUAAUUAAAUCGCAAUUUUCUAAUUAUUUCUUUUUUAAACUUAAGUUAGCCUAUUUUUUGAAGAAGUUAUUCGGGAGGUUAUUCAAUGAUUCUGUGCCAAUCGUAGAACUAGCCAAUUUUUGGAGGUUCAUUUGGACUCCCAGUAGGACCAAAAAAAUAUAAUACUGAUUAGGUCUUUUUUGUUGGUCUUAAUGGUCUAUCCUCUUUUUUGCCACCGCCUAUUUGACGAUUUUCUUUAUGUUUUUUUCUGUUACUCAUAAUUAUGCAACUAUAAAAUAUAGGCUUUUGUCAUGUUCAUUUAACAAAAAAAUUGUUUGAUUUGAAGAAGAAAAAUUCCACCC